UAGUUAUGCACCAAUUCUCCACAAGUUGAGCUUGGUUGAUAUUGUGUGGCCAGCUAACAACAUUGGAACUUGAUUGAUAGCUACUCAAUAAUAGUGUUUUGAGUAAGCUUUGCUCUGGCAGAGGAUUUUAAUUUUUCCCGACAUUUGUGUGGUAUUAACUGUAUCUUCCUCCACAUUUCAUGCAUAUAUAAUUUGCACAGAAGACUUUCUUUGUUUUUUUGUUCAUUUGGCUCUACCAUUUGAGUGGCAAACAGAGGUUGUGAUUGAACUCCCUACCCAACUUUCUUUCUUGUCACUGACCUGUGAAGAUGGCCCCAUGUUGAUAAGGAUCUCAUGAUCUCAGUCGGGCCUCUCAUGCCAACUAAGACCAUAUUGCCUUGAUGCGUGAUUGAUUUCCAACCAAUCAAGCUACUUUUGUAAAGGAGAUUCUCCAAAAUCGAAAUAGCUCAGGUGGAAUCAAAGGAAGACUGAUAUGUUGAGAUGGAGUAGCAAGAUAAGGCACAAUGACGCUUGAUAGAUAGAGAACACCAACAUACGGGUCAUCAGUGAUUAUAAAGAACUGAGGAAGAGAGUAAACAGUUGGGGAUGAGAAGGCAGGAUGUGGAUUGACUGAUCUGCGUGAGACUACCAUUGAAGAAUCAGAAGACAAGAGAAGAUGAAGACGAUAAGACUGAUGUGUGUGGAAGUGUUGGUUGAUAGGCUUUGGGUGGAGCAAAAGAAAUCCCACAUGGCUUGAUUGGUUCAUUUUGUUGCAUAUGAAUAGCAGACAACAAAGUCGAGGAUCAAAACAUCGAACUGAACUGUAUCUCUUUGCUACCGAUCUCUUUCUAUCUCUCUCUCUGAAGAUUGAAGAUAUUUGUUAUGCAUGUGAGUGCAAGAGCUUUUCUUUUUCGCGAGGACGACUGGAGGCUUGUGAGCUUUGUAGCACAAGCAGAGGAGGGUUUGCGCCCACAAUUUGUUUGCAGGAGAGGUACCAAUCUGCGAGCUCGGGACCCCAAGAAAGAAGGUGAGAGACGACAAAGCGACAUGGAGGAAGGUAGGUCCAACAGCGUUACCAUCUCUUCACCAUGUGCACGUUGACUGUGUAAACCAUAGGCCACAUCUUGUCUUCACAUACCAACACCAUCUCAUCCCUCUCCCUCUCCCUCACCCACCUUUGCUCUCUUGUCUUCUUCUACAAGGUUAUGUUUAAGGCAAGGAAGGAUUCCAACAUGGGCGCUAAAGGUAAGUUGAGGUUGGAAUCUGCGGAAGGAUGAAAGAGGCAGGGAGACAGCACGGCACAGCUUCGCCCUGCGCGGCGUGCAAGCUCUUGAGGCGGCGCUGCGCAUGGGAUUGCGUCUUUGCCCCGCACUUCCCGGCCGACGAGCCGCAGAAGUUCGCCAAUGUGCACAGGGUGUUCGGAGCUAGCAAUGUCAGCAAGCUCUUGCAGGAGAUUGCAGUGCAGCACCGAGGAGAUGCCGUGAGCAGCCUGGUGUACGAGGCCAACGCCCGGGUUCGAGAUCCAGUGUACGGGUGCGUGGGCGUCAUCUCCUCCCUCCAUUGCCAAGUCCAGGCUCUCGAGGCGCAACUCGCCAUGGCUCGAGCCCAGAUGGUCCGCUUGCGCAUGCUCGCCCACCUCGAUCUCGGCCGGAGCCCCACGGGCACAGGGAGCACCACCACAGGCUCCUCAUCCAUGUGCCCCUCGCCCAUCUAUACCCCCGGACAGGGUGAUGCAGGACAAACACCGAUGCUUUCCUUCUCAUACGAAAGGUAGCAGAGCAAGAGAUGGAGAAGCGAUGCUUAAAGGCGGACACGGCUUUCGGUGGGCGUAGUAGUAGACGGCGACUGAGAUAAUUCGACCGUUGGAGCGUGUGCCGUGUCGUGCGCUAUUUCGUGUAGUCCGAGACCGGAUUUCCCCCAAUUCGACCGUUGCAAUCAGUUCAAAUAGUACCGUUAUAAGUCGAACUCGAUCCCUUCUUCUUUUACCACUUCACUUUCCCCUUUGGAGGCCGAAGAAGGAGGAGACGAUGACCAGCGGCGGAAGCAGCAGCGGCCCAUCGGCGGACCCUUGCCACAAGCCUCGCCACCCGCUCCACCAGAUCGCCGAGAGCGCCACCCACAAGCUCCUGCUCAAGCAGUGGAUGAAGGAGGAGGAGAUCGUCGCCCGGCGCGUCGCCCUCCGUGAGUCCCGCGUCGACGCCGUACGCCGCCAGAUCGCCGCCCUCUACUGCCUGUUCUUCGUCCUCCACUCCCUCGUCCUCCUCCUCCUGUACCACGCGUCCGCCUCCGCGAGGCCCCCCUCCGCCGCUUGCCGCCGCUCCUGGAUCCCCUGCCUCUGUUCCCUCGUCUGCUCCUUGGCCAUCGUGUGGGCCGUCCGGUACAAGGCCGACACGGAGAGCGUGCUGGAGCGGCUGCUGGAGCGGGAGAGGGAGGACGGGCUGCUGCUGGCCAAGUGCGUGGAGGAGCUGAAGCGGAAGGGCGCGGAGUUCGACCUGCUCAAGGAGGUGGACGCGCUGCGGCGGGCCAAGAGCCUGCGCGUCGAGGCCAAGGGCGGCGCCGCCAAGGUGCGCAAGUGGUCGGCCAGGGAUCUCGCCACCACGGUGCUCCUCGCGCUGUCCUGCGGCGCCUUGGGCCUCACGAGGUUCGUGCUCUGUGAUCAAGAACCUCGAUCAUGAUGGAAUCAGGGCUUCUGUUCUUGAUAGGAGAAUUAUUUUGGUUGAUGCAGCAGAAUGAUGCUUGUUCUGCUGUUCUCGUUCUUGUUCUUGUUUUGUGCCCAAUAAGAUUGUUGUGCAAAUAUUAAGUCUUUGAAAAGAAGACCUUUUUAUUCUUCCUCUCCAAA